CAAACAAGGCAGCAAAGGGAAGAGUUUUGUGGAGACACGAGCAAACCAGAGAGCGGUCCCGGACGCCAUGGACCGUGUUUUAGCGAGAGUCCCGCUCCCGUUUCACCUCCUACUCCUGCAAGUGCUCGUGUGGACGAGGAUUGUCGGCGUCACUCACUGGAAACUACAGGAAAACAAUAUCGUUCCGGCCAGCGCGGCGCCUCCGCCGUCUACUAGCGACGCCGCUAGUGCUAGAGAAGUCGACGAUUUGUUGUGGUCCAGCGUAUCCGGAGAAGAUCCGGAGUUUUCCGUGCUCAUGAAACGGACUACAGGCUCCGGGGGACAUUCUCACGGUGGCGGGGGUCUGGGGGCUAUUGCUGGGGGUUCAGUGAUGCAGGGGGCUAGAACUUGUGGCCAGAAAUCCUGCCCCCCGCGUCGUGUAUCCCUCAACAAGGCCGGAGACUGUUCGUCUAAAUCAGGUGGAACAGAUUCGAGCCACGACUCGUCGUCUGGACGAUGUUCCUCCCCGGAGAAGACGGCUUCAUCAAAGACGUCGGCUCCACGGAAUCCAAAUGGAUCAGGACCUAUGUCAGUCAGAGCAAUGCGAGAGGCCCAGCCAAUGAUCCUCAGCUGUGGAGACCCAGUCGAAUCGACAGACUACGACUUUCUCGAGGGAAUAGCUCGAAGACACGAACACCCGUCUUACCCUGAGCCAGAAGUGGCCAUGAUCUUCAAGAGAUCUGAGGCCGACACGUCAGUCGAUCUGUUCGAAGUUGAACUAGCGCUUCGCAGAGCUUAUCAAGAGAACCCAGAAUCACUGACGGUGUUGAAUCAAAUUGGCAACUUCUGGAGGAUCAAGGGCAACACGCAGCUGGCCAUCGAGUGUUUCAGAACGGCUCUCUCACUCUCUCCCAAUCAUCCCGACCUCCUUCUCAACCUCGCCCGCGUUCUCUUCAACCUACAGUUCAUGGAAGAUGCCGUCUACCUCGCGAAACGCUCCCUACACAUGAAAUCGUCCGAAACACACGCGUGGCUGCAAUACUUCACACUAGGGGAGGUUUACAAAGCUCUGGAGAAGUACGAAGAGGCCGCUUUUUAUUUUUUGAAGAGUUUGGAGCUUAACCCUAGUCUUCAAGUGGCCGAAGUGCACCUGCGUGAGUUAGGGCUGGAGGAACAGACGUCAAUGAAUAUCUACACACUGCUCAUCAUACUGGCUCUGAUAGGGAUAGUGUUGGUGGUACUGUACUACCUACUGGUGGCUGUGAGUGGAGCUAAAGUCGGUAGCUCCCUCUCAAAAAGAUGAAAAAAUUUAAUUAUUUCCUCAAUCAAUUCAGUCAAAAUCUUGCAUGAAAGGCAA